AUGCUAGACCCCUUUGCACUGGUUAAGGAUGAAGUGUCGGAAAUCUCGAACAGACUGCGUUUGACGGUGGUAUCUGAGGUACCUGAAUUGACAUCAGCAGCUGGACACUUCUUCAGAGCUGGAGCUGAAGGGAAAAGAACAUGCCCUACUUUUGAGACCACCAAGUACUCCUGCACUAUCAUUGAUGCUCCUGGACACCGUGAUUUCAUCAAGAACAUGAUCACUGGGACCUCCCGGGCUGAUUUUGCGGUGCUUAUCAUUGAAUCCACCACUGGUGGUUUUGAGGCUGGUAUCUCCAAUGAUGUCCAGACCCGUGAGCAUGCUCUCCUUGCUUUCACUCUUGGCGUCAGGCAGAUGAUCUGCUGCUGCAACAAGAUAGAUGCUACUACCCCAAAGUACUCCAGGGCUCGCUACUUUGAAAUUGUCAAUGAAGUUAGCUACUACUUGAAGAAGGUGGGCUACAAUCCUGCCUGUUCACCAGCUGCCUGUUAA